AUGGAGGAUUUAGACCUUUCUAUUGCGCUACGCCGCGGCCAGCGAUGCAGCUCGAGCAUGAAUGUCAGAUCGGAAGAGCGUCAGACCCCAUCGACUGCUCCAAGGACGCCAAGCCGAAGAAAGAGAGGCGCGCGGCAAUCUGAUCCAGGGUCCAUCGUACAUUCGAGCGGUCUUGCACCAAUGGUGCGAUGCACUUCUCUCGCAGCUUCGAAGAGACGGUCAGCUGCCCCCGCAAGUGGUGCUGGCUCGGCUCCUCGACCAAGUGGCCAACCCGCGGCUGUCAAUCUUCACCAGACCAUUGACGGACGAGUUGAGCGCCGGAUACGCCGGAAUGACCUCCGCGAUGUGCUCAGUAAAAUCCAACAAGAGAAGCGACGCAGUGAGCAGCUGGCCAAGGCGCAGAUUACCAAGCUCAAGGCCGAGCUCAGAGCCCGUGAUAGGGAAAUCUAUAGAAUGCAGAAUGCCACCAUGGUUUUUGACACAGAACGGAUUUGGGGCCUGGAACAGCAGAUUAAAGAGCUCAAAGGCCAGCUUGCGACGAAAAGCAUGGCAGGCGAGGAAGCUACACAGUAUUUUAGCUGCGUCUGGCCAUCAACGCCGAGUACUGCAUCGACGGAUGACCUCAUGGACGUGGCUCAAGAUGCCGACUAUUUCGGUGAUGUGACGGCGCUGAUGAACAAUCCGCCUCGAGCGAGACCUUCCAUCUUGACUCCUCCUGCAACAAGCCCGACAAGGCCAAUAUCGCCAUUCUCUAAAGAUGUGUCACCGACGUCGGAUGCCCCUCUGGAAGCGGGCAAAAAGCAGCUGGAAGAUGAGAUUACAUCCUUGGGCCUGAAAGUGCAGAAGCUGACUGCAACUUUGGACUCGUACAAUGCCUUGGGUGCGCGCAUAAACUACGCCCUAUCAGAUGGGGCCUCGAAGAAAAGAGGGACACCAUCUUCUCUUGAAGCAGUCGAGAACCAGGUUCAGCUACUCUUGCAAACCAUGUCUGAACGAGCUGCCGCAGCUGCACAACUCACCGCUGUUGUUGGCGAACUGGGGUUUCCAGGCGCCGAUGCUAGUGAAAUGAUCAUGUCGCUUAUUUCUGGAUUUCGAACUGCUCGCCAGGAGCUGGACUACCUCGCACCAGGCGAGAUCAAACUACCUCUUACUGCGCGUGGCGCCGACAUAUUGGAUCUACUACUAGAUCGUCUACGCGCCUUGUCAAAGAAGACCAGGGAAGAUGAAGAUUCUAUUGAGGAAUACCAUCAAAUAGAACGUUCUCUACGCAAGCAGCUUGAUUCACGGACUUCAGUCAUGGAAGAGCUCAAUAUCAAAAUUGCGGAGGCACAUCGUACUUUGAAUGAGAAAGAUGGUCGUAUCAGGGAGCUUGAAAUUGGCAAUAACCGACUUAGAGCGCUGUUGACGGUUACGUUUGCGACAUAACAGAACUCGAAGGAUUAAUACAACGUAUGGAGAAGGAGCGUCGCGAAUCGCUAAACACGCAUGCUGCUAGCAAAAGUCAGGCGAAGAAUUACUCAACGCCAAAGACGCAACAAUUCCCGAGCUAGAAGCAAAGAUUGAAGGAACAGUUGCUU